AUCCCCGCAAGUAUGGUCCAACUCUAGUUCAGCGAUACCGGUACUGUGAGGUAGCGGUCCAGGGAUGGCGCCAGACAUGCAACUUCACCGUGGGUCCUGACUUAGCGCCCGUGCGUAGUAAAAUCAGUCACCGGUACGGUGCAAGCAUCGGUACAGUAAUUUACUCGUACAUUUACUGUGAGUGAAUGAGAUAUUUUCUCCCUGCCAGAGUCAAGCCCCACGAUGGCGGCGUUGCCAAGUCUUGCGCGUCUGCUCCGCUACCGUCAGCCUCAUCACCCCGAGCGCCAAGCUAAUGUUAGGGACAACAAAGCCUCAACCUAAAGGUUUUGGCCCCUCAUGUUUGAUCCUGAACACUGCUACGGUAGGCACCAAGCCUAAGAGGCAAGCAUGAAGCCUUGGCCCCCUUCGAAUCUCCGCUCCAUCGCUGGCUCUUCCAGACUCUCUCGCGAUCCUCUUGUACCACUUCGAAUAUCUCCGCUCCCUAUCCUCUCCCCCUUAACCCUUCCUACAUUUCGGGAUUCUUAUUUCAGUCCCGCCCUUCCAUGCGCCUUUCCACCAUCCCAUUUCACCUCCACUCUCCCCGCCAUAUCCCAAUGGUUCAUCCCACACCCCAAAUCUCCACGCUUCCAGGCUCCGAACACCCAAUUCUUCCACAAAACACUCGGCGACCGAAUCAAUGCCCUUCUGCUGAUGGAGGUGUCUCUCCACUCUGAAGGAAAAUUCCUCCAGAUCCACGCCCCCUUCGCGAAGCUUCUUGAAGACAUGUCCUUCGUCGGUCCCCGGGAUCGAAGCAUCACAACCUAUCUCGCUCAAUGCCCCAUCAACGAAAUUCCCGAGCUGAGGGAUACGCUACCGACUCCGCAAUAUAUCCGCGCUGGCGAAGGAGACAUAUACGACGUCAACCUUUGGAUGGGCCAUGCUGCCCUGAUAGCUACACCCUUACACAGGGACCCUAACCCUAACCUCUUUGUGCAGCUGGCGGGUGCAAAGAGGAUCAGGCUGUUCGAACCAGGCACUGGCCAAGGGAUAAUGCAGGAGUUUGGUGGUGGUGUCAAGAGAUUCCGCAUGCCGGAUGAAAUGAUGGACGGCAAGCACAGAGGGAUACUCGAAAAGGUGGUGUGGGCAGAGGAUGAGGCUGAAGAUGGGGUUUCCGGUUUCGAAGUAAUGGUUGGGCCCGGAGAUGGGCUAUUUAUUCCCAAGGGAUGGUGGCAUGUGAUUCGAAGCGUUGGGGAAGAUGGAGCUGUUGCCUCGGUAAGCCCUUCACCACCCUCCCAGGAGGGGAUGAGGAGGUUUUUAAACCUUGAUAUUGAUGAAGGGGUAGGUGAAUUGGUGGUUCAGGUGACGAAUAGGAUGGCACUCCUGGGUAAUGAUCCAGAACGGCAAUGAAGCGAUUGGGCACUCAUGCCUUCUUCCGUGAAUGCCCACGUAGCUCCACCCAUGCCGCGUAUUCCCCCGGCCAAUCCAGUAGAUUUCAGCAUUAAUGUUACCCUAAGGCGCAGACUUUAUAGCCCCGUGCAGACAGCGCCGAUGCUAAAUACCCAAUGAUAUCGUAAAUGGGCUCAGAAAUGCAACAGAGCAUACUCAUAUCAGCCAUGCUUGGCCAUUUGGCGCGUCAAAGAGUAUACGAAAGGUUUUUUAAAGUAGGAUGGCAUGGGAGAACGUUCGCACCGAUAUAUUAUUGCGUUGGUGCGAAUUUAAUCUCUGCCUUCCCUUCAGGCUUGCAAGAAGAUUGUAUCCGUGAUACCAAAUCGAAAGGCCAAGCGGGGAAUAUAACUUAUGCUGCAUAC